GCGCCUCGAGCGAGCACUUCCGGCGGGCGGCGCCGCGCGGUGCUGACGCGGCGCACGGAGCGGAGCGGAACCGGCACGGAACGGAACGGCAACAACAUGGUGGCGAAACAGCGCAUCCGGAUGGCGAACGAGAAGCACAGCAAGAACAUCACACAGCGCGGGAACGUCGCCAAGACGGCGCGAUCAGCCCCAGAGGACAAGGCGUCCGUCGGUCCGUGGCUGCUGGCGCUGUUCAUCUUCGUGGUGUGUGGAUCAGCCAUCUUCCAGAUCAUCCAGAGCAUCCGUAUGGGGAUGUGAGCCCCCCGCCGCAUUCCAGGCCCUUCGCCGCCAUUCCGAUGUCCCUGCCGUGCCGCAGUGCCUUGAGCAGCACCAUGUACACAGCAAUAAAGUUCUGUUGUUGAGCCCCAAUCGUGGACCUGCUUAUUCAGCAACGCACCCUCCGUGCUCACGUGACGUGUCGGACUGCUGGCCGUGGGUUCCGGGCCCGGUUCCCGCUGUGAGCUCCGCUCCCGGCUCCGUGUGAUUCGCUGUGCGGCUGGAGACGGUUCGGUUUGGAGCCGGGAUCUCGGCAGCGCUCAGACACCAUCACCACGUGCUGCUGCUGGCGCCGUGCAGCUCACGGUGUGGGGGGCACGGCUGCAGCAUGCGGCGCUGCAUCGGCCCUCAGGCACGUACCGCAGCAGAUAACCUCACCCUGCGCCUCCCACCCUGACCCACUCAAACACCUGUUUGUAUAGAGCUGGGGCACGUUCCCUGCCCACGAGCCGCCAUGUCCGGGCAGCAGCCCCCCCCAGCACUGCCCGGUGUGGGGGCUCCACAAACUGACUGUCCCCGAGGAGACGCUCCCCGGCUGCUCGUGGCGUUGGGCAGCACCACGUGUACAGCCCAGAAACCUCCCAUGGAGCCGUGGGUUUCAGUUGUAAAACGCCGUGUGGGGUCAGGGCCUGGUGCAGGUACCAGCACUGCCCCCCCAGCCCACAGCUCCGCUUCUGUGUGCAGCAUCGGCACAGCAUAGUAUGUCUCGCAAUAUAUAUUCUAAUUGUAUUUAAAAUCCCGCUUUCACCUUGAUGUGUCAUCCAGCGCUGGACCCAGUGCUAAGCUGCCUCCCUCUGGAUGACUGAUUGCAGUUUCUUAGUAGUGCUGAAAAACAGAAACCAAACCUUCCUUACCUGUAUAGAAGAAUGUAACCUAAAUCACGAAUGAAAGUGCUGCUAUUGAUCAUUCCUUAUCGCUCAUGGCCUCGGCUCUGGGGGGCUCUCCUGCUGUCUGUUGCAGUAAAGAAAGUGCUCUGAACUAGGUCUGCUGUUGCAUGCGGUUGCUGAAGGAAGAUUUCUUUUUUUCAGGUUUCUUAGAAGACAUUUAAAAUCUGGUUACGUUAGUAGUAAUAGAAGUGAGUUUCUAUAGCGAUGAAUCCCGUGUGUUAGCUGGGAAGGAGCAGACUUUGCUGGUUGUCGUAUUUCCAUCUGGAAUCAUUGGUGUAAAGCAGCCCGGGCCCAGAACCCGGCUGUGCAACACGACAUUCCUUGUUCCUGGGAGCUCCUGUUUUGUAACCGGCCGCUGGGGGGGGGCAGUCUGUAUAAUCAAUGAUUUUAAAUAAAGUUCUUCUCAAACGUGA